UUUGCUUUCCAGAGCCACCCGCACCUUAUCUCAGUGCAAUGGGAUCGCUGUAACACACAGUAAAUAUGGACAAACAGUUGGGUCAGACUCUCCUUCUGGUGCUGCUUCUCUGCCAGAUAGGCACCAGCGACUGGCAGAACGUUUGUCCGUACAAAUGCCAUUGCUUCACUCCUCUUCAAGUGCUGUGUGCUGAAGAGAGGAUGUCCUCUUUCCCUAGGAACAUUUCCAGACAGGUCAGAGAGGUUAUUAUAAUGACAUCCUCUGUGUCGUACCUUUUCUCCCACUCACUGAUGGAGAGCCCACAGCUCACAAGGCUCAUUUUCUUAAACAACGCUCUGAGAAGCAUCCACUUGAACGCGUUCGAGCUUCUGACCGAGCUGCAGGAGCUGGAACUCAGCGGGAAUCCCCCGCUGGAUCAUCUCUUACCGGGGACCUUCUCAAAGCAGGAGAAAUUAACUAAGCUGCUACUCAACUAUAAUAGCUUUAAGACAGUACGUCCGGGGAUGUUUGAUUCUCUGAAACAGCUAGAAGUUCUGCAGAUGAAGAGCAACAUCUUGUCAGAUCUACCUCCGUUUCUUUUCCAGAACCUCAGCUCACUGCGCAUCCUGGAUCUCUCUCAAAACAAACUUCAAAAUGUCACAGGAGAGACCUUUUCUGGUCUGGCUAGUUUGGAGAUUCUCAAGUUGAGCAACAACCUCCUCAGCAACCUUACAUGUGACACGUUCCACAACCUUUCACACCUCACCGAGCUCCACUUAGAGUGGAACAGGAUAGCACAUCUUGAUGACGGCAUCUUCUCUACGUUGACUAAUCUGAGCGUGCUGAACCUCCAGGGGAACCUCCUGACAUCCUUCAGCGAUAAAGCGAUGGGAUCAGAGCCAACGAAUCUGAGGGUGCUGAAUCUGAAAGGCAACCGACUGACUGAGCUGUCCUUCCUGAGAAAUCUGAGCUCACUGACAGACCUCAUGUUGUCAGGUAACCAGCUUUCCAGCAUCACGGACAACCUUUUCAGAAGAUUAACCGCCCUAGAGAACCUGGACCUGUCUGACAAUCAGCUCACCUCUCUGCCUGAAGGGAUCUUUAAAAAUCUGUUGAGCAUCAAGGUGAUCAACCUCCACAAUAACAACCUGACCGAGGUGGACGCCAAACUCUUUGAGGACCAGAUUUUUGUUGAGCGGCUCUAUCUGUCUGACAACAAACUGGAGACACUCCCACUGGGUCUCUUGGACCAUUUUAUCACGCAGCACAUUGUGAGGCUUCAUGGAAACCCAUGGAGAUGCGACUGCCAGCUGUGGUACCUUCACGACUGGCUGCUGGACAACGGUCAGAACGUGGAGAUGUUGGACAUGAUGGCCUGUGAGAGCCCGUACUUUUUGAGAAAACGAACUGUGGUUUCCAUCCCCAGGGAUCAGCUGGUCUGUCUCCUGGCUGAGGACCAGACGCCUGAUCUGAACUCCUGCAGCCUGCAAAUAGUUAACAACACCAUGAUCAUCAGGUGCAAAGUGGAAAAAUGCUCCCCGGCGACGGUUAAAGUGCUGGUUCAAGAGGAAAAUGGUGGAGUCAGGGAGCACAUUUUGAGAAAUGCGUCUACAAAUUCUCAAUGCAGCAAGGAUUCACUGAAAGAGGGCACCAUCGAUUAGUGUAAAAGACUUUGUUCAGUGUGCAAAUUCUGUCUUCACACCAGGGGUCAAUGAUGUUUCCUGACUGUCAGUCGGCACUGUAAACAAAUCUCUUACUCACCAGCUGAUAACCAGUGAGCAGAAAUGCUGCUGGAUGACGAAGGGGUGGGUGAAGCGUGUCUUUUUAAUGUGCAAAGUUCAGCCUUUUUUUUUUAUUUAAGAUCCUGUAAUGGUGAACGAGCAACAUUAAAACGUGUUUUAAUGACCAGAACAGGUUGUCCUUUGAAUGCAAAUAGAUCAAACAUCACAGACAAAUCCCAUCUUUUUGCCAGCAGUGUUGCCAAAAACAUCGUUCAUAAGCUUGACAGCUGGUUCCUGCGAUUGGAGUUUGUACUAUGUAAUAAAAGAGACUAAGAGAGUAAAAUCCUGCUUUUAAAAUGUUUUCAUCAGAAUAUCAAGUAGAAGAUUCAACAGUAAACUGUAAAGACUAAAUUACAGGUAAUGUUCUGCAAAACAUUAUCUAAUGAUGCAGUGCACUGCAAAAGUAAUCACGCAAUCAAUGUAUUUUAGAGUGAUUUUGUGUGAGGUUCAAGAAAAAUUAUAUGUGGUUACUUAAAUUUUCAGAAAUAAAAGCCGGAAACUGCAA